UGUCCUUUUAGUUCUUUCAAAAUGAUGGGACUUGGAGGCUCUGUGUUAACUAUAGAUAGCUGAAAUCACUCACCAUCAAAGACAAGAAUCACAUUCAUGUUAUAGAUUAUAUGCUAGAUGAACUCGAAGGGUCAAAGAUGACAUUUUGGUCUUAGCCGUGCUCCAGCCAAAUUCCAAGCUCUUUUAUGCUCAUCUGAGGAAGUUUAUCAUUUUGUUCUUUAAUGACAUACUUGUAUACAAACCAGCCAAACUACCCAUAAAUAUCACAUAGCCUUGACCUUUGACAUUCUUCGCCAAAAUACCAUACAUGACAAACCAUCUAAGUGUUCAUUCGUAUAGACUAAAGUGGAUUACUUAGGAUAUGUCAUUAGUUAGGAAAGGGUGGAUUACUUUGGACAUGUCAUUAAUUAGGAAAGGGUAUUCACUUAUCCUAGAAAGAUAUGAGCAAUGGUUGUUUGGCCAGUACCUAGAAAUGUGAAGAAGUUGAGAGGUUUUCUAAGAUUAACUGGAUAUUACAAAAAGUUAGCGAAAAAUUAUGGGGUAAUAGCUCGACCUCUCACUGAGCUACUUAACAAAUACAUUUUUUUUUUGGAAUUCUAAUGAUUAUAGGGCCUUUGAAUUGUUGAAAACGAACAUGGUGGAAGCACUAACGUUGGUACUUCCUAAUUUUACUAAACCUUUUACUUUAGAGACUAAUGUAGUGAUGUAGGGUGGGUGUUGUGUUGUCUCAGGAAGGAAUACCAUUAGAGUAUCAUAGCGAGGCCUUGUAUCUCAAAAUCAGGGUUUGUCAUCAUAUGAGAAGGAAUUUUUGGUUGUUAUCACUAAAUGGAAACAUUAUCUAGAGGACCGUUCGUUAUUAUUACAAAUCAUGAGAGUCUGUAGCAUCUGUUAGGCGAAAAAGUGCAUACUCAAAUAUAGAGGGAAAAAAGGUUAGUGAAACUCUUGGGUUUGAUUUUUAAACCCCCUACAAACAAGGCAAGUUUAAUAAGGUAGUUGAUGCUUUGCUACAAUCCCUAAUGUUUCUGAGAUGAUAAAUGUCAAGCUAUCACUAUUAUCUUUCCAACAUGGAUAGUAGAAAUUGAGAAUGCCCAUAUGGGUGAUCUAGUGUGGCAACAUCUCAUGAAAGAGGCUGUGAUUCCAUUUGAUGGUCCUUGAGUCAACUCAAUCAAACAAGGUUUACUUUACCAUAAGGCACUCUUUAUGUAGGAUUUGCGAGGAAGAUGAGAUUUCAACUGUUGAAGUUGUUCCAUGAUACUCCAGUGGGAGGACAUUCUGGUAUUCAAGUAACUUACCAAGGUUGAAGAGAUACUUUUGGUGGCCAAGUAUGACGUAAUAGUCGACGUUGUUUGUAGAUGAGUGUCAUGUUUAUCAAUGGCACAAAACUAAGAAUUUUCCUUAUCCCGGUUUACUCUAACCACUUCCCAUUUUAGUCAAGGCUUGGAAACACAUUUCAAUGAAUUUUUAUCAACGCCCUGUCCAAAUCAUUAGGUAAAAAUGUAGUUUUUAUGAUCAUUGAUAGAUUUUCAAAGUAUGAUCAUUUCUUCAGCCAUUGCAAAGCAUUCGCUGCUACUAAAUGGCUCAAAUAUAUUUUGAUGGAUUUUUCAAGUUGCAUGGCAAGCCUCAAACUAUUGUCUCCAGGAUGCUAUGUUCACCCGUGUGUUUUGGACUAAACUCUUUGAGCAUUAAGGUGUUGACCUAACUUAUUCUACAACUUAUCACCCACAAACAUGUGGCAAAAUUGAAAGACUGAAUAGGUGUCUGGAUCUGUUGACCUGGCCUUUUAUGUUGUUUCAGGGCCUAUUAGACUGCUCUGUUGUUUUUUUGUUCCCCUUGCGGCGAGCUUGUGUGUCAAGCUUUGGAUAUUUUUCUUAAUAUUUUGCUUUUGCUUUUCUAUUUAAUAUAUUUCACCAUUAUAAAAAAAAAGGUGUCUGUGUCUGGAAGACUACCUGAGAAGUCAGAAAGAGUAGAUAGGUCAUAGGUGUAUAGAAGACUACCUGAGAAGUUUGGUGCACCAUUCAUAGGGAUGGCAACUUUACCCAUACCAAUGGGUUUCUUACUGUCCAACCCAAUUGGGUUGGGUAUGAAAUCCAAAUAGAUGGAUAUGGGUAGAGUUUGAUGGGUUUGUACCCAUACCCAUUUACUUUGGGUUGAGUUGGGUUUAUAUCAAAUGGAUUUGUACCCAUGCCCAAAUACAAAUUACAUUUUGGUACCCAAACUUAAUAGAUAUGCAUAUUUAGUACCAAAAUUUAAUUUUUUUUGCAUAUAAGUCCUCAAAAUAUCAAUGCAAAAUUACAUUUUGGUACCUAAAUUUUUUUGGUUUUACAUUUUGGUACCUGAACUUUUCAAGUUUUACAAAUAGGUCCAAUUUUUGCAUGUGUAGUUAAAACACCCUCUAGUAAAUGGAUAUCCAUAUCCAACCCAUACCCAUUUAGAUUAUGAAAGCAAUAUUCAUACCUUACCCAAACUCAUCUACAAACCCCCAAACCCAUAUGCACUUCACCCAUACCCAACCCAUUAUCAAUGGGUCUACUUGGGUUUGGGUAUAAUUACCCAUGGGUGGGUAAUUUGCCAUCCCUAACCAUUCACCUUGGCAGGGGACUUCUUGGUUAUCCUUGACUGAAUGGUGGUAUUACACUAACCAUUAUAGCAGCUUACACAUGACCUUAUUUGAAUAUCUAUAUGGCUAUCCUCCUCCUCAAUUUUCUAUUUAAAAACUAUUAUUAACCUCAACUGUAGUUGUUAUAGAGAAACUGCAAUCUCAAUAGUCUCUAAUCACUACCUCGGGGAGUAUAAUAGCUAUAACUCAUAAGAGAACAGAAGCAGAUGGUUGGUCUCUAUGAAAUUGAACGAACGGGAGUUUCAGAUUAAUGAACUGAUCUACUUGAAGCUCAGCCUCCACAUCAAUUGACUAUGAUUGCUAGGUCUAAUAAAAGUCAGCACCUAAAUGCUAUGGUCUCUACCUUAUUUUCAAGAUAAUUGUUCAAAGAUAUGAGCUGUUAACUUGUAAUAUUAGUUAGGAGUAAUAGUUCACCCUAGUAUAAUCAUAGAAAGAUUAGAUUUAGGAUAUAUUUCACUUAUGGUAGGUCAUAUGCUAACCUAGUUAAUUAUAUUAAUUUUGAGAACUGGUUACAUCAUCCAACUUUAGCUGGUCAACAAGAUAAAUCGAUGGUCUAUCAAGCCAAACUUCCCGUUGAACUCAUUUAGUCUCACGAUGAGCCAUAAUAUGCGUCGCAUUAUUUGUUCCUCUCAUUACAAGUCGAAUGCAUCCCUCCAGUGAUUCUGCUCCUCCCAAGUAGUUUAUGACACUCAUGCCUAUGAGGCUAAUCUCCGUGUGUACAUCCUCCAAUCUCAAGAGCUUCUUCACCAAGGUUAAACAAUCAGUUUCAAUGAUGAGGUUGUUAUACCCUAGCUGGCUCGCUAAUUGGACACCAAAUUCAGCCGCCAAGGCCUCUGCCAUUUCCACGUCGAAACGUCAUCUCACCUUCUUUGCCGCUGUUGAUAGGAAUCGCCCAUGAUGGUCCCGAAUAACCGCCCCCAACCCAGCUCCUUCCCCAUCAUGGAUACCCGCAUCCGAUUUUACUUUGAUCUUUCCUUCUGGGGUCCGAGUCGAAUUUUCCCCACUAGAGACCUAACUGCUCCAUCCCUCCUUCCAUGAUUCUCUUAAUUCUCUUCCAAUAAUGAUAUGGUUCUCAUGAUGAUCUCAUUUUCUGACCCCUUGUUGCCAUUGACCAACAAGGCAUUCCUUCCUUUCCAGAGAGCCCACAUGACCAUUGCCCAUUGCUCAAAAGCUUGUUUUUCUAACUCCUUCACAUUCUUUUGUACCUUGUCCUAACAUUCUUGUACCCCUUCAAUGUCAAAAAGUACACCAACUGACAAAGCUCGUCAUGUCCUGCUACUCAACUCGCACUCAAAAAACAGAUGCCGUUGAGUUUUUUGCUGGUUGCAGAACAGACAGACAUCACAGUGUCUCGGAUUGUUGGCACUUACUUUCACCCUAGUCGGCAAUGCUUCUCGGGAAAACUUCCAGAGGAAGUGGCAAAUUUUCGGUGGGGCAUUAAGUGUCCAAAUCGCUUGUCAGAGACUCGAUUCUCCAUCGGGGCUGACUCCAUUUUCUUACUUGAAACUAUCCAACCAUUUCACAUAACCCUCUUUCAGUGUAAAAUUCUCGUCCACCCCAUGAUUCCAAAUCAGUCAGUCUUGUUUGUCCCUUCCACGUAGCGGGAUUGAGAGUAUGUUUUGGACGAUUCUCGUUGGGAAAAAGCUUUUCAAUAAACACGCGUCCCAUUGCUCCUUGUCUGGGUUAAUAAGGUCACUAACCAUAGAAUCCACAAGUAGCCUGCACAGUACAACAUUAACAAAAUCUUUGUCACAAUCUAGGAGCCACAGAUCUUCCCAAAUCCUUACCAUUGACCUAUUACAUAUCUUCCAUCAUAACCCAUUGUACAGGAACUGUUGGGCACUCAACAAGCUUUGCCAAUCGUAGGUUGGUCUAUGACCCAGCUUUGCGUCAAUGAUGGAGCCAUUUUUUGUGAUAUUUUUAUGCGAGAAUCCGAGAAAUAAGGGAAUGGGGCCGCAUGUGCAGUGACCACACCUAUUUUGCCAGCAAAACCGUGUUAAAACCCUUUAAAUCCCAAAAUCCAAGUCCGCCCUCAUCCUUCGUCAGCACCAGCUCCUCCCUACGCAGCCAAUGCGUACGCCUCUUUACUUCCUUUUGACCCCACCAAAAGUUCGUGAUCAAACUAUGCACCUCGUCGAUGAUUCCCUCUGGGAUCUAAAAUACCGACAUUGCAUAGGUAAGUUGUGUAUGCGCUAGUGACUUGAUAAGAACCUCCCUAGCUGCCACUGACAUGGUUCUUUCCUCCCAUCCUUUGAGCUUCUGCCGGACUAUUUCUUUCAAGUUAGCAAAAAACUCCUUCGAUCUACCAACUUCAGUCACCAGGCCCAAAUAUUUAUCAUGUUUGUCCACAAUCUUUUACCAUUUUUAAACUUACAAUAAGCUUGCUAUAAGCCU